AUGGCGAGGAGCCGAGCUCCGGCCCCCGCCGUUGGAAUUAACGACGAUGGCGAGGAACAACACCUCAACCCCUUCCUUGACGCUGCGUCGUCCGCCUCCUCAAGGUUCCAGUUCAGGUACGUGCUUCGUUUUGCUUGCAGAUGCUCUGCCUUUUCUGUCUCUGUUGGCUCGUCCUCGUCCUGGGAUUGUGACUUCACUGGGUUCUGCGGAUCUGGGCACAGGAAUGUGGCAUCGCGCGCGCGGUGGGUGGAGGAAAUCGGCGCUGCAGAGGUGGUGGAGAGCAGGGGCAAGCUGUGGCUGACCACCGGUGUCACUCGGGCUGGCAAGCUGUACUACAACGUUGAGGAGAUCGGGUUCUUGGCUGAAAGAGGUGCACUGAUUCUUCUCAGUGACAAGGAUGAAACCAUAGGGAUUGAAGGCAUCUAUGAAAAGCUUGUUGGAGGAAAUUAUGGGUGCUCCUGGGAUGCCUUCCAGGCUUAUAAGCAUUUGAAAUCGCUUGGAUAUAUUGUUGGAAGAUUUGGUGUUCCUUGGACAAUGAAGCAUAGUGGUACUUGUGACACUGAUCAGACCUUAAAUAGAGUUGACGGAGCCUCUAAUGACAUAACCAAAUUGCUCAAGGAAAUGCAGAUUGAUGGGAUAUAUCCAUCUUUUGAAGUUUAUCUGCCCAAUAGCAAGUUCAAAAAGUCAUCCCCAGGGUCCCCUACUUUCCUCUUAUGUCUAUUAAGGUAA